CAUACAACGUGCUGUCAGAUGAGCAGAGCAGACACACACUACAACCACAAACACAGCCACACAGAGAAGGAGUGCGUGUGUGAGUCUUCUUUCCCUCGGGCAUGACGCUAGCAAAUGCGUCCCGCUGACAAAGAUAGUACAGGAAGGCACGAGCACCAGCAGAGGAAUCAUCUCAUUAAGCAACAGCUGCAGCAGCCACAGUGGUCUCUAACUGUUCACUUCUCACCUGGCUCACAGCUCAGAGAUGGGCUGCUCAUCCGGCCGUCUGCCCUGUCACCCGCCAGCCAGUGCACAGCUGCCAACACUGGACACUGACUCCAACCUGCCCCAAGAUGGAAGAGCACCCCCAACCACCCCUAAAACUCCAGAGAACCUUUCCACUCUGGAGCGGCUUACGCAGGCUACAGGGGGAACAGAAAAGUCCUGGUACCGCUGUGUGUUUCCCUUCGGAGUCAUCUCCCUGGUGAUAGGCAUGGCAGGCACAGGUGUCACCUUCACUUUCAACACCCUGCUUCAAACCAAAGUUGUGUCCCUGGUGCUGCUGGUAGUCGGCUUUGUCAUGCUACUGGUGGCAGCUGCCUGUUGGAGGGUCCACAGAGCAAAGAGGAAGGAGAAGAAGGAAGGAGUUUUCUUCAGCGCUGAGCAAGGCACACUAUGAGAUACUCUUAUGCUUACCUGCUUGACAGGAAACAUCUAUAGGUGCAGAGGAAAGAGACGGUCCCUCCAUACUUCAUUUUGUAGGAUGUCUUUCUUUUUGAUAGAAGGAACUCGACCUUCAUAGAAGGUAUGUUCUGUACUGGACAUCUUAAAACAGCACUUAACAUCUGGCUAUGCUGGAGGCCCUUGUGGCAUAAGGAUCUUAAUAGAACAGUUCAACUAAAAAAGAAGUUUGAGAGAAGACCUUUCUGUGAAAUUGAUUCUACUUCUCCUUGCACUGUAUUUCUGAGGACCUGUGCUGCAUGAAUGUAGUUAGCUCUAUGUGAACUUAUUAUUGGACUUCAUUCUGAAACCAAGGUCCCUUAUAGUGCUGCAAGCCUCAUUUAUACAUACUACUGUAGGCAAAAGUGCCAAGAAACAGAGAUGGGAACAAAAUUCCACUUGGAGAGGGAAAGUAUUUGGCUUGCUUAUUAAACAGCAGUUUUAACCGGAAUACUGAAGAGAGGAUCUCUCUAAGAAACUGACAGCUGGCCAGUGUAAGAGAAGGAACCUUAAGGAACACUGAGAACAGUAGAUCCAUCACUGAGCAAGAAAAAGGAAGUUAUUUCUUCAAUGAGCAUAAGUUCUCUCAGAAGACUUAGACUUAAAGAAUGCACUGAUCCUUAAUACUUAACAAUCUGCUCUACAUGCCUGAGAGAACUGUUUUCAACUGUUGUGAGUGGUGAAGGUAUGAGGUGAUGUAAGGUACUUUUUGCAAAGUUAUAUUUUUGGUGGUGUUGUUGAAAAGCAAAAUGUAUGUGUGCAUGAGUGUCGUCUCAUGUGCUUGUGUGUGUUUCUGCACAGUGUUUGUAAAAGCACUCAGGUAUUUGAGUGGGUUCUUACAUUGCUGUAAGACUGAUGGAAGAAAGUGCUUUAUCAUAAAAGUCAUUAGUGGGUCUAUCUCUACUGGUGAACUUGGAGACCUCUAGAGAACUGGUGAUAACAGUCCAAUGAUUUAGAGUGUUACUCUCACAUCUGCGGUUAGUCAUGCUGUUGUGCACUGUGUUGAAUACUGAAUUAUUUUACUUUCUGUAAACAAAUGAAUGUAUUACCAGCUUGAUAGAUUAUUAAAUAUAUUGUGACAGAAAGUCAUUUUACUGUAUAAAAAAGAAUGAAGGAGAAUGAACACAAGUCUCAUCUCUGGUUCUUUAAGCACUGUAAUUUAGUGUUAGUUUAUAUUUUAGAAGAUCUUUUUGUAUCUCUGUGAAAAGAAUGGAAGACUAUUUUGUAUCUAGUGUUUAUUCUGUCAGUGCCUGCCUGUCUUUUUACAUUCAAUAUUUUCUUAUCAGUUUUCACUGGUUGUUCCAGUGUUACAAUAGCAUCCGUGUUCUUUUAUAACAGCUCAUCGAUCUCAUGUCUAUUAAUAGCAUUUCCACCAGAUAUGAUGAGAGUAGUGACGGGGACACCUGAGCUUCACAGAAAUUGCCUGGGCUUGAUGUAAGUGACAAGAAAGAAUGAACAAAUAAUGUUUCUACCAUGUGCCCUCAGCUGUGUGCUGACAUUGUAGUGUCUGUCAAUGCCCUUAUAUCUGCAGCUAUCGAGAGAUACUAGAAGAAAAAUGGAGGGGAAUAGGAAGCGAGAAUGGGAGAAGGAGGGAGGGGGAGCUUCCAUGAGAAUUCAUUGAUAAAAAAGCAGCCGGAAAUAGUCCUGCGUGCUUGGAAUACAAAUCAGCACAGAGCUAAACCCCAGUCCUGCAUUAUGUGACAUUAUGCCUUGCACACCUAUACAUGUCCUUUAUGGAGCAUAACAUUCUACCACAUAAACUCUGGAUUAAUUUGCUCUUAAUAUGUCUGCGUGAGUGAAAUGGGAAUUGAUUCAGCACGGAGAUGUCUUACUCAUUUGCACCUCAAAUCCAAAAAACAAUCAAAAACCCAAAGGCUGUUCUACUCAAAGGAUGGCAUACAAGCUAGAAAUUUCACACAUUUUCCACAUACCAUGCACAGUAUGCUUUUUAUCUGAAAAAAUAUCAGGUGAUUUUUAGGUGACUUUGAAAGCUGCCACAUGCUGAGGGAUAAAUAUAGUGUAUGUAGCUUUUUGGCCAAGACUAUCAAGAAGAGGCUUCCUCAUUCCAAACAGUAUAUAUACUGUGUGUGUGUGUCUGUUGUAUGCAUUUAUUUUUAUAGUGUUCAAUGUUAAUAGAUACAUUUAUAGACUUAUGACUAUUUACAAAGUGUAUUAAAUACAAACAUGCAACA